AUGCCACCUCUUCCAGCUACUAUAGAUGAUUUUAACCUUAUUAAAGUGCUCGGAAAAGGAUGUAUGGGCAAAGUCCUACUUGUUCGAUCCAAAAGAGAUGAUACGUUGUAUGCCCUAAAGGCCAUCCAGAAAAAAUGGGUUCUAAAACAAAAAGAGUUUGCUCAUACUCGCGCUGAACGAGAUAUUCUGGUUGGAUUACGAAACCAGUCGUUUGUUGUGCAUCUGCACCAUGUCUUUCAGACCCCAUCUACUCUCUUUCUCUUAUUGGAUUAUCAUCCAGGGGGAGAUAUUGCUACUCAGCUGUCGCUCAUGUCUAAAUUUACACCUGAACGAACAAGGUUUUAUGCUGCAGAGAUCGUCCAGGGUUUAAAUGUGCUCCACAGCCAUGGAAUUAUUUACCGAGAUCUAAAACCAGAGAAUGUGCUCAUUCAAAGAGAUGGACACAUCAUUUUGACAGACUUUGGAUUGUCAAAAAUAUUUACUGCAGCUGAUGUGGAUCAAGAGGAAGGCAUGCCUUAUACACAAACAUUUUGUGGAACAGCUGAGUAUCUAGCACCCGAGGUACUCCUGGGAGAACCCUAUACCUUUGCUGUUGAUUUUUGGAGCCUUGGUACUUUGUUAUUUGAGAUGUUAGCAGGCAUAACACCAUUUUGGGCUGAAACACAUAUGGACAUGUAUCGACGUGUUAUUGAAGAUCCACUGGAGUUUCCUCCUUCUUUUGACCAAGACACAUGUAGUCUCUUGAGCGGCCUUUUAAAAAAGGAAGCGUGUAUGAGAUUAGGAUGGGGACACGAUGGGAUUGAAUACAUCAAGGCGCAUCCAUACUUUGAGAGGAUAGAUUGGGAUCUUGUUGCUAAACGCCAGCUGGAGCCGCCUUCUGUUCCAGUGAUAAAAGAUGAACAAGACUGCAGUCAUUUUGAUGAUGUGUUUACAAGUAUGCCAGUACGUAUUAGUCAAGAUAGUAGAGAACAAGAUGGAGUACAACCGAUAUUAGAUCCAUUUGUGUCAUUUGACUAUGAUUCAUUAUUGAUUGAGUUUCAGCAAAACAAUAAACCCAGGUUGCGUAAACGGCAUAGUGCAUCAAUGACGGCAGAACAUAUUGACGAUGAUCGAGUAAAUAAGAAAAGACAGCUAAGAAGAAGAAAUGGAAAGUUGAAUCCAUCCGUGGCUUCUACCUUGAAUAACUCGGUUUAUUCAGCAUUAACAGUGGAGAACCAUCAACAGGUGUUAUUAAUUCAACCCACCUUGUAA